AUGGACGAAAUGCGAGAUGGAUGUCCUAAAGCUGAGGAUAUCCUUCAUGUUUUACGGGAUCGUGUAGCUUUGUUGCCUGGCGCAAGAGAUAAGAAUGGUCGAUCUGUAAUUGUAUUUCCUGCACGUGAAAGUUCAACAGCUAUUAAUCCAGAUCAUAUUCGAAAUAUUCUUAUUUAUCUUCAUGCUGUAACAGCUGAUGAUUAUAAAGAUCGUGGAUUCACGAUCAUUAUUGAUAUGCGGAAAGGGACAACAUGGAAUAAUGUGAAGCCAAUCUUGAAAACUAUUCAGGAGCACUUUCCAGCUGAAGUACAUACUGUAUUAAUAAUUAAACCAGACAAAUUUUGGGAAAAACACCGAACAUCUGUAUCAAGUGGAAAAUAUAAGUUUGACAUUCAAAUGAUUUCGGUUGAAGGUCUUACGCGGUAUGUCGAUUCAUCACAACUUACGCGUGAAUUAGGUGGUUCUCUAUUUUACGAUCAUGAUGAAUGGCUGGAUACAAGAAUAGAGUUGGAAAAAUUGAUAUGGCAAACAAUUGAUGUUAUGCGUAAUUUUGAAAUUUUUCGUGAGGAAAUGAAAAAUGGCGAAAUGCCAGUUGAUGUUACCACAGCUGAGCGCUCAACAGCAGCACACUCUGCAUUAAAAAAGAGAAUUCUGAAUGCACCAAUCGAACGGAUUCAAAAUGAAGUUGAAAGCAUCCAGCAGAGGAUAUUAGGCUCUAAUGCAGGAACACCUGACGAUGGUUACAACUCUUCAAAUGGACUGCCAUACACUAAUCCAGAUCUUGUUGCUGCUCUUCCACAUCUUUCUGCGCUUAUUAAUUCUCUUCGUACUUCAAAAGAUGAAAUUUUUAUGCAGUGGGAAGCACGUCGACAGAAAUUAGAUCACUGCUAUCAAUUGAAACUUUUUGAACAAGAUGCAGAUAAGAUGUUUGAAUGGAUUCGGAGUCAUUAUGCUUUGUCAAUGCAAAGAUUGUUGGAAAUAGGUGAUUCUGAGCAGUCAACUUCAAUGUUACUCGCAGAGCACCUCGAUUUCAUUACUGCAGCUAAUAACACUGAAGUCAACAUAUCACAUGUGACAACAGUUGCGAAGCGUCUUCGUGAAAUUGGCAAUUAUGGUAAGGUACAAAUUGAGAAUGUUGCGUUACGUUUGGAUGAAGAAUGGCGGAGAUUUAAACAAAUUAAUGAUCAGAGAUCCCGUCUCCUCGAUUUAUCUCUUUCAUUUCAUCGGAAGAGUCACAUUUAUUUAUCAAAUGCUCCUUCUUGGUUGCAUAAAAUAACAUCAGAUAGUAGCAGACGAAUGGGUCAGUAUUCCGGAGAAGAAUUGGAAGCAGCUAUUGCUGAACAUGAACGCUUUGGAGAAGUGUUCUUACAAACAUAUGCUGAAGCUGUUGGUGAUGGUCGUUCUCUUUCUCAAAUCUUAAAAACGUUAGCAGGUGAAACAGUUGGACAAAAUAGCGUAUAUAAGCAUGUUGUUGAUUUGAUUCAACAAAUAACUCGGGCUCAUAAAGAAUUGCAUUCUCAGUGGCAAGCAAAAAAACUCCGCUUACAUUCCAGACUCGCACUGAUCGCUUUUGAAACAGAUACUCAUAGGGUCCUUCAGUGGUUAGAAGAACAUGGUGAUGCGUAUUUGAAUAAAAAUACUGCUAUUGGUAAUAACUUAUCGCAAGCCAAAACUUUACAGAGAAAUCAUAGUCAUUUUCGAUCAGUAGCCUCAAAUACGUAUUCAAAUGCAGAAAAAUUAUUUACUGCAUCAAAUACGAUUAUUGAAUCCGGCAAUUUUUGCUUUAAUAAUUUGCCAAGUGAAUGCGACGUUCAGCAAAUGACUGGUGUAGUGGAGAAAUUGCGAAGACGAAUCGAGGCCUUUUCUGUCAAAGUUGAGACGCGACGAGAUUUACUGAAUAAAUCAGUGCUUUUCCAUACACAUUACAAUGAAAUUAUGGAAUGGUACGGACGAAUGGAAGUAAAAAGUAGUCAUUACGAAAAAGUAUCAAUGAGUGUUCAAGAAGGUGAACGUCGAAAGGAGGAAUGGAUGAUUGAAAGUGAUGCCACAGCUCAAGCUUAUGCAACUACAAUGGCAGAGGGAAGUCAACUAGUUAGAGCAUUGGAGCAGCAAGCGAAAAUGAUGAAUAUUGAUAAUCGUGAGACAGUCACUGUCAUUGAAGGUCUUAUUAAUGAUAUUGAGCAAAGCCAUGCAAAGCUGGCAGACCGAUGGCCACAUCAAAGAAGAGCUCUUCAACUUGGCGUGAAAUUUGCUGCUUUCAUUAAAGACUGCAAACAAAUUAUUCAACAAUUAAGAAACUGGCGUGAAGAUAUGAUCGCUUUAGUGAAGUCUGAUAACUUUACUGAACGUGCCGAACAUAUUUUGCCAUAUCAGGAUGAUAACACUGCCCAAGUCAAAAACGCUGUUACUGGAGUGAAGAAUAAUGCAGCUGAAUUACUUCAGGCACUUCGAGAUUAUGAAUCUAUACUGGUUAAUUCGGAAAAUGUACCCGCUACUGAUAUAAUUAUUGCCAGCUUACAACAACUUACUGAUUGUCAACGUGAAGUCAUGCAGGUUGCUCAGGAAACACACCAUCGAAUUGAACAGUGUAUGCAGUUUAAUCGUGCUCGUGCACUAGCUGCAGUUGCUAUACAAAAAAUGCAGUAUGAAGAAACAAAAUUGCUUCAGAUGAAUACUAUCCCAACUUCUUUAGAGGAAGCUCUUAUAGCUCAAGCUUCUCACAAGCAAUUCCAACAUGCUGUUGAGAGUAUCAGUCACACAACAAGUGCAUUCUUGAACAAAACCGACCAAUUAAUUAGCGGAGGCGGCAUCGAUAUACGUUCAGUGGAUGAUUUGAAUGAAGAAGUAUUAAAUCGUUGGAGAAGAUUAGUUGGACUUACGGAAGAAAGAAAUAAAUUAAUCAAGGCUGGGGUUGUGUGCUAUAAAACUUUACAUCAGGGGGUAAUGCCAAUUCUGGAUCAACUUGAAAAAGAAUAUAGUAUGAGUUGUAAAGAUUGGUGUCAAAUGAGAGGAGGUGAAGGUGCCAAAGAUCGUGCGCAUCAUAUAUCAAGUUUAUUAUCGAAACAUAUGGAAUAUAAAGAGAGAUUUUUGAAGGGUUGUUCAUAUGCUCAAAAAACAUCGGAAAUGUUUUUGAAAUAUAUACGGCGUUGUGAAGCUUCAUCAGAGCAUAUAGGACAACAUGAAAAGCGUCUUUUAGCUCUUAAAGAAAAUCUCCGUAAGCGGCAGACAAAAAUUUUAGAUUUGUGGAUGAGAAAAAAGCAGCAGCUUGAUCGGUGUCACGAGGCAUGUUUGCUCGAAGCUACUGCAUCUGAGAACCACGACUGGAUUGUCACAGAAGGUGAAAGGUUUCUGAAACGGUGCUUGGAAAGGAGAUUAAGCGUGGCUGAUCGAGAAAGCUUGGAAUCAUAUAUGGAAGAGUAUAUGACUUUCAAAGCUGAAGCAAAGCAAAAAAGAUUGAAAGUCCGGAUGAUGCUUGAGCUGGCAGAGAAAUUUCUGUCUUCGUUGGACCAACAUUGCAAUGUUAUUGAACGAAAAAUGCUUGAUGUUCGAUCAAGCUACGAACAUUUUUCCUUACGUCUUACCGACUACGAAAAUUCGCUCACCGAAGCACUCGGUCGGAAGUUGGAUGUAAAUAAAGCGAAAGAUGAAUUUUCACUGGAUCGGAAAAGUGAUUCAAAUAUAGAAGCCAAAAUUGAAAACGAACGACUAGCCAAUGAAGAAAAACGUAAAAUGAGGGAACCAAUGAUGGAACUUAUCAAAUCGGAGAAAGAUUACAUUGAAGAUUUGCACAAAUGCAUAAAAUAUUAUUUAACCGCUUAUCGUGUUGCUAAUGACAAGUUACCUGUCGUAAUCCGUGAUAAAGAAAAAGAAAUCUUCAGCAAUAUUGAACAACUUUACAAAUUUCAUAAUGAAAUUUUUUUGCCGGAAUUAAUAAAAUACGAGAAUGAUCCUGAGGAUGUUGGCUACUGUUUCAUAUUUUCUGUCGAAAUUUUGAAUAGUCUGUACACUGAAUAUUGUGUAAACAAAGAACAGAAUAAUUAUAUAAUUACAUUACCAGAAGCUAUGUAUUUUUUUUCGGAAAUUCGCGAGAGGAAUGGUUUGGAACAUAGUCAGGAUUUAUCAUCUUUGGUAAUCAAACCCGUACAACGUAUAACACGAUAUCGUUUGAUGCUUGAGCAACUGUUAAAAAAUUGCAAAAACAAUGUUGAUGAAAUACGGGAAGCUUAUGACGUUGUUGUGAGUGUACCGAGACGAGCAAAUGAUCUCAUGCAUUUAGGCAAUUUUGAUAAUUAUAAAAAACUUGGUGUUCUUGGUGAUUUUGUGAUGCAAGAAUCAUUUCUGGUUUGGGAUCCAAAAGCAUAUUUCAAAAAAGGACGCGAAAGGCAGUUAGCUGAGAUCAAUGUUUGUGAACACGUGGAAGGCGAUUCAAGCAAGUUCGCGUUACGCCAAGGAAAUGAGCCAAAUACGGAAAUGCGGACGGAGUUAAAAGCAGCUAAUGAGCAGUGCAAAGUUCAUUGGGUGAAGAAAAUUCGAGAAUUAAUGCAGGGAUUGAUGACAGCUAAUUUCGUGAAAAAUUUGGCGAUUGUAGACAUGAGACAAGUUCCAACUCGAAAUUCGACCAUGACAUCAUUAUCAGAUCGAACAUCAAAAGACAGUGAUAGUUUACCAGUAAGUAACGAAGAUAGAAGUUCUCUUCGUAGUUGCAACUCUUCGAACAGCAAUCAAAACUUAGAGGUCUUGCUUUGA